AUGGCUCCUCCCAGAUCCUCCUCUCCCGAGACCGCAUCAGAUCCCCGCCAUUCAAGCCUCUCCCGAGACUCCUUCGCGCCCCAUAGUCCAUCCUUCCCCGCAGCGCGCGGCGCGUCCUAUCCUCAACACCUCCUGGACCCUGCCUUCGACGGCACGGCUCAGGACCUCGACCUGCUUGGUGCCUCCUCGUCUCUGGAUUUCAACUACGACCUGGACCCCAGCCAAGCCGACCAGCCCUGCCACAGCCCGCCGCGUGAACAAGACAUGAGCUCUCUCGGCUUCAUGAUGCCCUCGCAGUACGGCUCCUUCCCUCCUCCAGGGCCCAGCUACGAUCCCUAUGGUUACGCGCCGGAUCAGACCCAGCAGUCUUCGCCGCAGCACCAGGCCUACACGCAGAGCAGCGGCGCGCCCUCGCCGUACAUGCAGUCGUACCCCCCCACCGUGCUCAGGAGCAGCCCCGGCGCCGAGUACCCCUCCCGCCACGGCUCGAUAGCAAGCUCGACAUCGGGCGGCUACGUGCCCGUGUCCAACGACGGCGCCAUGCCGGGAGCGAGCGCGCAGGCGUCGCCGUACCCGCCCAUCCAUCCGAACAUGUCGGCGCCUUACGGGGCCAACUACUCGACCCAACCGGCCCAGUACGGUACCAACGCAGGAUACGGGGUUCCAUACGGACAGACGCCAGCGGCAGCGCCGCCCAUGUACGCCGGCGCGGGCGCGCAGUACCAACCGCCGUACGCCGCGGGCAGCGCAGCGGACCCGUCAGCACAGCUCGGAGCCGACCGAGGGGUGCGCGUGCUGAACUCCAGGCCAAAGCCGCAGUGCUGGGAGCACGGGUGUAACGGGCGCCAGUUCUCGACCUUCAGCAACCUCCUGCGGCACCAGCGCGAGAAGUCGGGCACGGCGGCCAAGUCAUACUGUCCGCGGUGCGGCGCAGAGUUCACGCGGACGACGGCACGCAACGGGCACAUGGCGCAUGACAAGUGUAAGCCACGCAAGACGUCGGACGCAUCAUGA